AGCAGCAGCCGUUUCCGAAAAUUGCCCUCCGCUGCCGCCACCGCCGCCGCCUACAAAGACUGCGUCGUCUGCCUACUGGAAUUCGAAGACGGAGAUUACGUCCGCAUGCUUCCCGUCUGCUCCCACGCCUUCCACGUCGAUUGCAUCGACAUCUGGGUUAGGUCUCACGCCAACUGCUCACUCUGCCAUGCCACGCCAGGAUUUCUCUCCGACCUCCGGAAUUCGGCCCGCUCAUGGCGGCGCCAAUUCGGCCCAGCCUCAUCGACGGGCGCUCCAAUGCGAUAUCUAGUCUUUCAAAUAGAGAACUUUUGGAGUUUGAUUUCCCCGUCCCCGGUGGGUAGUAGAAUUGCUACGCCGACGAAGUUAGCGGCAGAGACGAUAAGCACGAUGACGGUGAAAAAUAAUAAUUAA